GUUGGGAUGAGGCGAAGAAAAUCCGGAUUGAGUCAGAGCUGUUUGCUCCGUUUGUCCGUGUCUUGGCUGGGAUCCGCCGGUCGGCUGUUUCUCAUCUCGUCUCCAUCUCGUCCUUAUUUUCAUCAUCCUCAAGGUUUGAAUACCACAUGCCUCUGGUUGGCGGUGCAUUGGCAGCAGGAAGUCAGCGAUGCGACGUGGAGGGUUGGCCUGUUGAUGUCGGCAGGUCUCGGAUCCCCACUCCAAGCGGUCUUGAUGUGGACUGGAAUGCUAAACUUCACGGUGUACCAGGCUGUGGGUCGGAUAUCAUGACGGCAAUUGAUUGCAGCAACGAUCCACAAAGGUGGAAUGUGUUGCCUAUGUUCAGAAAGCACGAGUUCUCUGCCCGGCUAUUGUCUUCCCCGGAUGCGUUCCAGCCCAACCGGCUUCCAAGAGCGAUAAUCUCGGAAUGGACGCAAGACGGCGUGUCUGCUAAGUCGAAAUAGGCUUGAACUCCGCCUGCUUGUCUGUCAAAGUUGUCCCACCGAUGCAUCCUUCUGAGCCCUUGGCCAAUGCGAAGACCCUGAGUCCUUCCCCAGCUUUCGGGGAUUCUCCGCUCUAUUGCCAGUGUGGAGUUAA